AUGGCAUGCAAAGCACCGACACUCCUGGUGUCACCGCCCCGGCUGUUGCCCCAGCUGUCCACCCUGGACAAGGAAGAGAGCCAGCAACGCACGCUUUACUGGCUGCCAGUUUUGGCCUUCGGGCCUCUAUUCAUGGCAGUUAUCUGCGAGGGCAUGCGUGCGGCGGCCUGCCGGACGAAGAAGCAAGAAGCAAUACAUCCGGAAGACUCUGGCAACUACAAGUAUUCGCCAAUCAACUUGAUGGAAGAAGAGGCUUCCCCGCCGAUUUCACAAUCCUCAGACGCAGAGGUUUUGCUCCGAGAUCGCUGGCCCCGCCGCUUCAGCCUUGCAUUGAUACUCUAUCAUGCCUUCUGUGCCUCCUUGGUGCUUCUUGCGCUGAGCAGCGGAUGGACGACUGUGGCAGGGGGUGGGAGUUUUGCAUGGGAGCUGUGGGCAGUCUGGCAGCAUGCUUGCCUGUGGGCGCUUUUCGUGCAGAGUCUCUUGCGUUGCAAGAGAUCUAGUCUAGACGGCCUCCAGCAACCAACGUUCAAGACGGUGUUGCUAUAUACUUGUCCCUUUCUAAGCGAAGUGGCUGACACGCUGAAGGAUUGGGUUGUGUGCGGCAUCUGUUUGCAAGUGACAGCCACAGGAGCUGGCUGUUGGUACGGAGCUUUAUUCGUGACCACUGACCUGCUUACACGCUUCAGCAACUUCAGCAGUCGUUUCUUCCGCUUCGGCGACUUCAGCAGUCUCUACGUCAGAUCCGUCUCUCCAGCACUGUGCCUUGCAUUGUGCAUUGGACAAGGCAUAGUCCCAACCCAGUUGUUUUUCUUACCCUUUUUGGUGGGGCUCGCCUAUUGGCCCACGACGGCGAGCAAUCUGCUCAUAAUGGCAUUCUCUUACGCAAGGCUCAGUGGGAAUCUACCAGAUCGGCUUUGGAUGGACGGAGGAUUUCUGUUUGUCGCAGCCACGUAUGUCAUCGUCCUGUCACAUGUGAUGGUUUUAUCGCAAGAUGGAUGUGCCCAUGAGCUACGACGAACCUACAGGGGCAUCCUGGCUCUUCCCAUGGCGAAACCAGUGCCAGCUCCUGAGAGCUGUUCGGGGCGGUUUCUGCUGAUUGGGCGUUUUAUUGCGGAAGAUGUUCUGAGCAAUGCGAGACGUUUUCUUUCAUGGGCAGAGGAUUUACCCCAGGGCAUCAUCGGAGUUGCGCUAGCUGUUGCUUGCCAGCAAGGCCAGUCCAGUGUGUUUGGAUUUGCGGCCUUGUCGGCUUUUGUGAGCGUUGCAAAAGGUACCUUGACACCAGCAGGGCAGAGCAUACUCUUGGAGUUUCAGCUUGACCAGCUUCGCAAACAUCUGCACAUGGAUGGAUUCGUCAAGUCUAUCGGCCCUCAGUUCCCUGGUCUCUCACAAAGCCCAGAAGAGUUGAAGCUCAACAUCUGCGUCUCGCUCCAGGAUUAUGCCAUGUCGGUACCAACAAUGUACAUGAGAUUGCGGAAGCUUGAGAUUUACGAGACGGUCUUUGAAACAGCUCGGCAGUGGCCUAUGCAGUUCACAGACGAAACUGGUGGAAGCUUUUCGGAGGAAGCAGUGCGUGAGCUAUACGCUGGGAUUGUUAGUGCGAAAAGGCAGCAUGCUUUCAACUUGCAGAAAGUCUUGGACGAAGGGUUCGCCCCCUUGGCAUGCAAACGCGGUGGCUAUCGCAAGGAACAGUUUCUUGAAUGUGGCUAUUAUGGGUUCGAGUUUGACGAGGAAGACUUCCUUACCGCUGCAGGUCGUAACGAAAUCAGUAGGGUUGCCGCCGGCAGGAACAGGGGUGUCAAGCUACAAGAAGCCUUGCUCGAAGGGUUCACUCCCUUGGCAUGCAAGCGCGGUGGCUAUCUCGAGGAGGAGUUUCUUGAAUGUGCCUAUUGCAGGUUCGAGUUUGACGCGGGAAAGUUCCUCUCCGCUGAAGAGCGUAACAAAAGCAGUAGGGCUGCCAAGGACAACAGAAAAAGGGGCAUCAAGUUAGAGCAUGUCUUGCGACAAGGUCUCUUGCCCUGGGCAUGCAAACAAGGUGGCUAUCGCAAGGAGGACUUUCUUGAAUGUGGCUACUCCGCAGAUGAGUUCGAAGCAUUGCGUGCUCCCGUCCGACGAAGCGUCGUGGAGGACGGUUUCUGA